AUGUUUAAGAGCACCAACUCAGCGAACCGCACCGCUCAGGAGGCUGCGGACAUCAAUGCCAGCAACCCCGAAAGCUCCCAUACGCCAGAUACGGCGCUGGAAUCGCCGACGCCCACAGACAAGAGAGCAGAGAAACACAUGUUCAAUGAACAGACAAAUUAUGUGUCCAAAGUUAAGGUCAUCACGAUUUUUCUAGCAUGCGCCAGCGUGGAUCUCGUAGCACUGAUGGACCAGACCACCUUGGCAGCUAGCCUGUCUAUUGUUGGCAAUUACCUCCAUGCAGGACAACAGCUAUCCUGGCUCGCUAAUGGCUAUUUCAUCACAUCCACAGUCGGGCAACUCUUGUACGGCCGUCUGUCGGACAUAUGGUCGCGUAAGGUCAUUCUAAUGGUCGGGCUGGCCAUCUUUGGCCUUGGGUCUCUUGCAUCCUCCCUGGCCCAGACAGCUACACAGCUGAUUGUUUUCCGCUGUUUUACGGGUCUUGGCGGUGGCGGACUCAUGACAGUUGCACAGAUGAUCGUUAGCGAUGUAGUGCCUCUUCGUGAGAGGGGGAAAUAUCAGGGUAUUUUGGGCGCCGUCACUGCAUUGGCCAACGGAAUAGGCCCGGUCAUCGGCGGCACUCUAUCCUCCAAGGGGGGCGACUCAUGGCGCUGGAUCUUCCGUCUGAAUCUGCCCCUAACGGCGCUAUCUGCGGGAUGCGCACUAUUCUUCAUGCCCCUCAGAAAGGUCGAAGGGGACUGGAAAGUAAAGACACGAGCCAUUGACUUCGUAGGCAUCUUUCUUGCAUUGGCUGGCACCACGAGCUUGAUGCUUGGUUUAACCUGGGGCGGUGGCGAGUACCCCUGGGCCUCUGCAGCCGUCCUCACUACCCUAAUCGUUGGCGCCUUCAUCUGCGUCAUCUUUGUUUUGUGGCAGUGGAAGGGACCAAAAUACCCGCUCGUGCCUCUGGACAUCUUCCGCGCCCGAAUGACCAUUGGUGCAUGCAUUACAAUGGCCAUAAACGGCUGGAACUUUGUCGUUCAGGUCUACUACAUUCCCACUUUCUAUCAGCUCGUCUACAACUAUGGGGCCACUAGGUCUGGUGUGAUGCUUCUUCCCAUCACCCUGGUUCAGACCGCGAGUAGUACUCUCUCUGGACUCAUCGUCCACUGGGUGGGACGUUACCGCGAGUGCAUCUUGUUCGGCUGGCUCUGCUGGUCGGUCGGUCUGGGUCUCAUGUCCACUCUCAACGAAACUUCCGGCCUAGGAAAGCAGAUCGGCUAUUCCCUGCUCAUUGGCGUGGGUGUGGGAAAUACUCUUCAGCCUGCCCUGGUAGCCAUCCAAGCGGGCGUCCCAAGAAAGGACAUGGCCGUUGUCACAUCCUUCCGCAACUUUGUUAGGAACUUGGGGGCUACAUUCGGACUUGCCAUUUGCGGCACAAUUUUAAACAACAUUGUCAAGAACUCUGUCAAUGGCCUGGAUCUAAGUGCAGAACGACGAGACUCCCUUCUCAGCAACCCACAGCAAUACUUAUCGUCACUUUCCGACGAAGACGCGCAACGUAUUCGCGACGUUCUCGCCCCUGCGUAUCAACGAUCGUUCAAGGUCAUUUUUGAGCUUGGUUCUGGCUUGGCAGCAGCAGGUUUCUUCGUCGCAUGGGUCUUGAUGCCACACAUUGAUUUGGCCCGCCCUGACGACCACAAAUUAAAAGAGGAGGGCCAUCAAGCGCAACUCAAAGGGAACGCAGAAAAGUCCCCAUGA